AUGAAUACCGAUGAAGAAGAUCAUAAAAAAUUUAAAGAAUUUAAUCGAUAUUUAUACCAUUAUUUAGAAAAUAAUGGUUUCAAAGAAUCAUCUGAUGGCAAGCCUAAACCAGUACAAGCUACUGAAAAUAAAUACACACGUAUAUGGUUGUUCAAAAAUAUUGAAAAUGAAAUUAACACGAAAAAAAGAGAAAAUAACGUCUUUGUCGAAGCCAAAAACAACAUCAUCAAUACAAGACAAACAACCAUCAAUCUCAACGAUCAUUUUGAAACAAAAGAUGAACGAAUUCAAUAUGAAAGAGAGUUGGAAUCCACUCGUUGGAGUAGCAUACGUAAAGAUCUCGUAUAUGGACUUUAUAUCGGUUGGACAUCUCUAAAUAAUCACGUAGUUUAUGCAGUUGGUUUUAUCUUUGGUUCUCUUCUUAUGUCGCAUAACGAUUAUCGCAGUUCGAAUAUUAGUGAUGUUCUUGUCGGAAAUGAAGCUAGCUUCAAUGAAACAGAUAUAUGGAAAGAGGAUACAGAAUCGAUUUAUAAUAUCAAUGGUGAUAUUGAAUUUGACAAUGUCAACUUUACUUAUCCAUUUCGAAAAGAAAUAUCAGUUCUGCAUAAUCUCUCUUUUAUUGCUCAUGCUGGUCAGACGACUGCUCUUGUAGGUUCAAGUGGCUGUGGAAAAAGUACAUGUAUAUCACUGUUACUUCGUUAUUAUGAACCCUCCUUGGGUCGAAUAACGAUCGAUGAUCGACCAAUAACAGAUUACAAUGUCAAACAGCUGCGACAAAACAUUGGAGUUGUUAGUCAAGAACCUAUUCUGUUUAGUAUGAGUAUUUAUGAAAAUAUUCGUUUUGGUAAAGUAAAUGCAACACAAGCAGAAAUUGAAAAUGCAGCACGAGAAGCAAAUGCACAUAAUUUCAUCAUGCAAUUACCAAAUAAAUAUGAAACACUUGUUGGUGAACGUGGUAUACAGUUGAGUGGUGGUGAAAAACAACGUAUUGCAUUGGCUCGUGCUCUUGUCAAGCAACCAAUUAUCCUUUUACUGGAUGAAGCAACAAGUGCGCUUGAUAAUGUUAGCGAAAAAAUUGUUCAAGAAGCGCUUGAUCAAGCAUGCAAAGGCCGUACAACUAUUAUUAUUGCUCAUCGUUUGACUACAAUUCAUAAGGCUCAUCAAAUAUAUGUAUCAGAUAAUGGAACUGUAAUCGAGCAUGGUACACAUGAAAGAUUAAUGGCAAAAGAAGGAGGAAAAUAUCAAGCAAUGAUUAAACGUCAACAAACAGAAAAAAUUGAUGAUGACAAAAAUGAUAUGAUGAAUAUACAAAAAGCAACAGAAGAAGAUGAAAAGUCGAUAUGUAUGUUAAUAUUAAAAUAA